GGCACUGUGUGAUCGACCCCCACCCCCCCUCCACCCAUAGCACCCUCUCUACCCCCAACCUUUCCACUCUCCAUCCGCCUCAGUUUCAUUCUGUGUCCCGGAUGUAAACAAACUUCCAUUCAUAGCGAGGAAAUUCAUUCAUUAGAAGGUCGAAAAUAGUACUUGCAGGAUUUACUACGACUUUGUCUUCAUUCAUACGUCAGGGGGAGAUCGUUUGUGUAGUGAAAAUAGGAAACAGGGAGUAGUAGGAAGUGAAAGGCGUUGUGGAAAAGAAAGAAAGAAAAGGAGGAAGAGAAGGAGAGAAGAUGGAGAGGAAGAAAAAACGACAAGAGUAAAAGGAGGACCGGAAGAAAUGUGAAAGAAAUCGGGGAAAAAAAUAAAAUCAAUUAGAACAAUAAUAUAGAGACAAAACGAAACAAUUAAGAAGAUCAUACACAAAGAAAAUAGGGAGGAACCGGACAGGAAUAAGAGAAGAAAAAGAAAAUGAGAUAAAAACAAUCGAAAAUAUACUGUGCCUCCCAUACAUCGAAGUGGUCACGUGGUUACAUACCUUGUCACCGUCAUGGGAUCGUGUUACUACCGUGCUGUGCUGUGUCAUGUCCCUGUGUCACAUAGUAUGUCAUACUGCGUCACACGGUCAGCUUAACAAGGACAUUACUCUGUCAGAGCAUCGCCGUGACAUAAUGUAAUACGCUGUGUCAAACCGUCAUUGUGUCAUAUCCUCCUCCCUCGCAUUCUCUUGCCCUGUUUAACAGUUUUACUCUGUAUUUACGAAACAGAACCGAGGCGUGAACUCCCCGUAGAGUUUCCCUGCGAGGAGCGACUGCCGGUGUUACAUUCCCUGUGUAACUAAAACCUUCCUGUCACGGGUUGGCACUGGCUCUGGUGACGUCACGCUCUACGUCAACGCUGGUCCCGCCGUGUUAUCCCCCGCCUGGUGCCCGUGGACGAAACAGGCAAGCGAGGCACCCAGAGCCACUUCUCUCUCCCUCUCCCCCUCGUCUCUCCUUCUCUCUCUCCCCCUUCCCUCUCCCUCUCCCUCCGUUCCACCCCCUAUCUCUGCCCCCCCCCCCGUGCCUCUUAUCUUUCAGGCUGUGCGGGCUUUCCGUGGCACUGUCCUCGUUCAGGGUAAGCCGACUAGUGCCAGUCGAGCAGUGCCCAGGGAAAGACGUUCAGAACGGAACUCGCGACACUUCCCUUUGUUCCUGCGCUCUCUGGAAGUUACGGGUUCAGUGACACUGGGUGUUGUGUCUCUCCUUUAGUAGUUCUUGCAUGGACAGUCCCUUUUAGAAACGAGUGAGACGCUUGUGAACUGUAUUGGUUGCUGAUAUUCUUUGGAGAGAAACGAAGGGAAACGAAGAAAAAGUCUGACAGAGAGAAAUCGCUCGAGAACUUGGGUCUUGGUUCAGUCCGUCAUGUCGCCAUCUUCUCUCCUGCUCAGAUGACCUUUGAACUCUGAGCCAUUUCGUGACUAGACGAGCCUCUCGCCGCACCCGCACCCGCACGCACCCGCACGCCAUGUCCAACCCCUGCGACCCCGUGUGGAAGGCUCUGUGCGCCCUCAAAGAUGCUCUCAUCUCGCCCUGCUCCUCGGGCGACGACGACCAGCCGCUGGCCGAGUCCUCCAACGCCUCCAACAUCUCCAUCACCUCCUCCAACCUCGCCCUCGACGACCACGUCAUCGAGCACGACCUGGGGAUCAGCAACCCGGGCCUCGAAGAUGAUGGCUUCACCGCCAAGGUCUUGGCCGGGGACGCGACUCUGCCUGGAGGCGGCAGAGCUGGAGGAUGGCGGCCCAUGCUGCGGUUUCACGACCAGCCCAUCACGAAGGAGCCGCAGGCGGGCGACAGCGGCCACUGGACGGUGGACAACGGCGUCUUCAGCGACGUGGACCUGGGCGACGGCGGCGACCGAACGGACGGCGUCCAGAUCCCCGGCGCGGAGGGCCGCACGGACUCGCGCAGCACGACCCGCGAGUCCGGCUACGGGCGCUCGCUCGACGACAGCAACGGGUCCUCGUCGCAGGAGCCCUCCGUCAGCGUCGCCUUCCACUCGCGCCCGGACCCUGGUGUUUUCAAAGUGGUGGUUGAGGACGUGACAAGAUGCUGGUUUGUCUUGAGACGGUAUCAAGAAUUUCUUGCUCUUCAGGACAUAAUCAAGCUCAAGGUACGUCACAGGAAGGUCCACGAACCGCGUGUCACUCUCCCACUACAGGAUACAGCAGAGCGCACAUUACUCAAUUCCUUUAUCCGGGCCGUUAUGGGAGAUCCUAGAAUCGUAGCUGUACCGGAGGUUCGCGAAUUCCUGCAGCUCGACAGAUUCAGGAGGUCGAGCACCACAGAUACGUCCAGCAGUUCGAGUGAUUCUGCUGGCUCGCCGGACUCCAGCCCUUCAUCUGUAGUGCUGGAUCCUCGCCGUCUUAUGCCGCCAUUAGCACCGGCGCUUGCAAGGAAACAAGUGUCGAAUAAUCACAGGAAAAAGUCUGGUAGAGAGGAUGACAUCUCCUCUUCACUGGACUCCGAAAAAGACAUCGAUCUCGGGUGCACCAAGAAAUCACUUACUCCCGGAGACUUCGAAUUCUUGAGCGUAGUCGGAAAGGGAAGUUUCGGACGAGUGAUGCUUGCCAGAUACCGCCAGGACAAUAAAGUCUACGCUGUGAAGGUGCUGAACAAGAAGAUGAUCGUCCGGCGGAACGAGACGGCCCACGUGCUGAGCGAGCGGUCGGUGCUGAUCCAGGUGAUGGAGCACCCGUACCUCGUCACGCUGCACUUCGCCUUCACGACGCACCAGAAAAUCUUCUUCGUCCUCGACUACGUCAACGGCGGAGAGCUGUUCUUCCACCUGCAACGGGAACGCGUGUUUAUGGAGCCGAGAGCCAAAUUCUACGCCGCCGAGAUCUGCUGUGCUCUCACGUACAUGCAUACGAAGGGAAUCGUCUACCGGGACCUGAAGCCGGAGAACAUCCUGCUGGACACGGCGGGCCACAUCGUGCUCACCGACUUCGGCCUGUGCAAGGAGGGCCUCCUGCACUCCUCGUCCAAGACGUCGACCUUCUGCGGGACGCCGGAGUACCUGGCGCCGGAGAUCCUGAAGAAGCAGCCGUACUCCCGCGCCGUCGACUGGUGGACGUUGGGCGCCGUGCUGUACGAGAUGCUGUACGGCCUCCCGCCCUUCUACUCCCGCGACACGCACGCCAUGUACAGCGCCAUCCUGACCAAGCCGCUCAAACUGAAGGCCACAGUCAGCAAGAAAGCGAGGGGCAUCUUAGAAGGACUCCUUCAGAAGGACCCGCGUGACAGGCUCGGCGCGGGACUCCUGGACGGAGAGGACGUCAAGAAGGACGACUUCUUCAAGGACAUCGACUGGGACAAAGUGGAGAAGAGGGCCAUCACGCCGCCCUUCGUGCCCUCGGUGAGCAGCGAAACGGACACGCGAAAUGUCGACCCGAUGUUCACCAAGGAGGCCGUCAUAGGUCACUCCCCGGCCUCGCCCCAAGGACUGUCGGCCUCCGUGCAAGCUGUCGACCACGUCUUCCAGGGCUUCAGCUAUGCCCCGCCCCUCGAUCUGGAUGACCAAUGGGAGGCGGCGUGAGCAUGCUGGGAAAUAGCCGUGCUCUGCCCACUUCGAGGUUGAGCUCACGUGUGCAGCUUCAGGACCUAUUUUUGAGGUUGUUGAGCCCCAACCCUUAGCAUAUCGGACUUAUACUUAUCCCCAACCCUUAUAGUUGGUCGAGGCUCAGUAUUGUAGGAGCUUUAGGUGGGUCAGUCAGUUGGAGAGACCAGGUGGAAUGAAGCUUCAACAAAGUGAAAAGGCUUUCCAAAAGAGUUGCAAAUUAUGGUGAUCAAGAGGAACAUUGAAGAAGGAAGUGUAUAUAUUCGAAGGGUAUUAUUUUUAUAUGAAUGAAUAAAAAAUUGUAUGCACAUUUUAAAAAAAUGAUAGGAACUCCUCAGGCAGAAAAAAGUUCUCCUUGGGGUUCGUCAAGGGUAAUGGACAAAUGGUUGUGUCUUUGUAAAUAAUGUGUUCUCCAUUAUGAUUUUUUUUUUUUUACAAGAAAGACCAGUGAUAUAUGAGUGAUUUUCAGGAGCGACAAACGUGUAUAACUUAUGAUAUUCGACUUCCAUUAUUAUUUUAACAGGUGUAGAAGUGCACAGAAAAACACCUGAUUAUCGAAUUAUGAGAUUUCUAUGGACGUGAAGAUGACAAGUAAAUCAGCAGAAACGUGCUUGAACAGAGAUUUUCAGCCACACAUUAGAAAUUGCUUAGUAUUAGAUACUUUCUCACUGCGACCAAGGAAAAUGGAAGCAAGGAAGAGAGAGAGAAAGAGGGAAAAGAGAGAAAAGUAAUAGAUGGACAGAUGAAUUAUCUUAGAUAAUCUGCAAGUUAUUUCGUAAUAAAAAAAUCGUAACAAAUUGAAAUAUUACACCAAAA